AUGUUGAAGAUGUACUUUGACAGAUCUAGAGAAAAUGAGAGUAAUGAAGGUAUUGUAGGCGCUGCAGUACUCGAUGUAGAUGAUGACAGAGAGAGCGAUGACGAGGUGUUGUGUGAUUCUCCAGUAGAAACAAAAAAGGAGGGACCGGUAGAUGUGAAAGUAAGUGAUGAACUAACUGAUAAUGAAAAAGCAGAUGUCAAGACAUUACUAGAGAAUGUUUCAGAUGUUUUAUCAGAUGUACCUGGUUUGACGAAUCUCGGAGUUCAUCAUAUAAAGUUGACUAAUGAAAAGCCUACACGCACCAAGCCUUAUCUUCUGCCGUUUACUUCAAAAGACAUUGUUUGUGACGGGGGAUACUGGCAGCUGCCAUUGGAUGAUGCAUCGAAGGAGAUCACCGAUUUCCAAACACCAUCGGGUUUGUUUCAAUUCAGGGUGAUGCCAUUUGGCUUGAUCAACGCUUCUGCAAGUUUCAGUCGCCUGAUGCGAAAGCUCUUAGAUGGACUGCAGUGUGUUGAUAACUUUAUAGACGAUUUGAUUGUGUACACUCGAACUUUUCAGGAACACAUCAAGACUGAUGCGUCAGAUCGAGGCGUUGGGGUAGUUUUAAUGCAGGAAGAAGAUGGUGUAAAAAACCUGUCGCAUACACUAGCAAAAAACUUUCCAAAUAUCAGUAAGUUUGCCAUACAAAACAUAUCAGAAUUAGUGUUUGUGCGACUGUGUCAUAAACUGGGGACCUCACAACUGGUGGCUAUGAGAAGAGAUGUGGUGGACGUAAGGGAUAUGUUGAUAAAUCAUGUGAAAACAAGUGAUAACCGAGCUGUGAUGUUCAGUGGCAGCCACAGAGAGGGAUUCAGACUGAAAGGAUCAGAUGCAGACUUGAUGUACUGGCCAAAUAAUCACCGUGUGAUCUGGGACUUAUCCCAGUCUCAGAAUUACAACACACUCAGACAAACACUGAUCCUCUGUGACUGUUCUGAUAGUCCGCCAGGAUUUACAUUAUUAUUUUUACUGUCACCAAGCAUGAAAAUAGAAAUUCAGUUUGCUUGUGUUAGAAUGAAUAACAGACAUUAUAUAUCUAGUUUUAUAUACAGACAGAUCAUGUGUUAUGCAUCGUCAAAUACUUCUACUCAACAUGGACCUUGUGUCAGUGGAACAAUUGGAACAUUAUAUUUUGAUUCUGCCUACUGUUUAGUUUGUGACUUUUGGCCUCCAUCUGCCUCCUCAUGGAUAGACAGAUGUCACUCAUGGCCCAUGCCCCACGUUGUUGAUGAUAUUGUAAAAAAUGGAUGUCACUUUGUAGCAAUUGGACGAAGUCAUGUAGACCAUGAAUGGAGAAUUUCUUUCUCUCUGGCAGAACAAAAACUAGUGUAUGCAAUGAAUCACUGUCAAUUCCUCACUUACGGCUUACUUAAAAUUGUCUUAAAAGAAAUAAUUAAUAAUGGACUAAGUGAUAAUGUUAAAUUACUGUGUUCCUAUCACAUGAAGACAUCAGCUUUUUGGUCGAUCCAACAAAAUAUAAUACCAAACUGGUGUCCACAAAAUCUCCUGGAGUGUUUCUGGGUCUGUUUUAAGCUUAUUCUCAAAUGGGUGUAUGAGGGGACCUGUCCUAACUUUUUCAUUCCAGAUAACAAUAUGUUUCUAAGUAAAAUUUAUGGUGAAAAACAACAUCGAUUAUUUAUAAAACUGUAUGGGUUGUAUGAGAAGGGUUUAGUAUUCCUGCUACACAGUCCAUCCAUUAGGUCUUGUAUUAUAAAUGUUCUCCAUAAUCCAAGACUCUCCAUCUGUACAGAUGACCAUACUCUGAUUUCUGAGACUGAGUUUGAUAGAGACCUUUAUGGAGAAAUAGAGACCUAUGAUGUUGUAUGCAAAUUGAACAUACAAAGGUGUAUGGGGUAUCUACGUACAAUAGAGGAGGUGAUAAAUUCAUUCCUCCUGACAAGUUAUCAAGUCCCAAUGCUACAGAAACUUACAGCCAGAAUCCUUCAGAGCACUGCCUUUAUAUUACACUUUGAAACUUACACAAAUAAAAACAAACUGAGGUAUAGAGCUGACAAAAGGUCUUGUCAUAUGCUAAAAUUAGCAUCCAAGUUCGCUUAUAUUACUGACAUGGUAUACAUCGUUAUGUAUUUUUAUAAGACACUUAGAUACAAGGAAGCUUUAUCAGUUGUAGAGACAAUCAAGAUCAAUUUAGCGCAGCCUUAUGUGAUGUAUAGGAAUAAUGUAGAUACAGAGAUGUAUACAGAGGCUGUAGGGGGACAGUCCUGGUCUACAAAGAUGAGACAGGCCGUAGCAUGGGAUAUUAUACUUGACCAUGACAUCCCUUACAUCAGUGAAUUGAUACCAGAACAACAGUCUGCUCUACAGAACAGAAGAUCCUUGAUAUUUGUCCCACCCUUUCUACUAAUAUACAUGCUAGAGAUCUUGUGCUGCAGACAUGUAGACAUAAUGAGAGUACAAACAGCUAUAGAUGAUCUACAGACCCUAGUUCACUAUGAUCAGGGACAGUUUAUACAUUCAAUGUUAAAAGACAUAUCGUGGCAGAUUCUAGGGAUCUGUCAACAGGUGACAGGGAAUCACCAGGCUGCUCUAUACUCAUACCAACAAUCUCUCAGACAAGAAUCAACACACAAUAUAUACACAGCUACAGAAAUGAGAAUGCAAGGAAUUUGUUGA